AUGGAGGCGGAGACGCAUCGACCUCACGAUGCGGCAGAAGGAGCCAGAGCCGCAGAGGAGAGAAAAAAAGCGGAAGAGGAACGGCAGAGGGUUGAGGACGCAGAAAGGGCCAUGUUGGAGGCAGAGGCGAACGGACGCAAAGAGGAGGAGGCGCGUCGUACAAUUGAGGUUGCUGAGAUGGCGGCGCUGGCAGCAGAGAAACAAACACGGACGCUGGAAGAAGGUGCGAGAUUACGCACCGAGGAGGAGGCGCGCCGUCAACUGGCAGCAGAAAGGACGAAUGCCGCAGAGGAGCAGAAGAGAGCGGCGGUGGAAAUGCUGAGAACGCAGGCCGUAGAGAGAGCUAGGGUCGAGGCAGAGGCAAAAAUGCGGAUAGAGGAUGCAGAUAGUGUGAGGGCGGAAGCAGCUGCAAUGGUUCGUAGAGAGGAAGAGGAGCGGCGUGCAAAACAGGAGGCAGAUAAGGCGAAGGCCGUAGAGGAGCGAAGGAGAGCGGAACAAGAACGGCAGAGGGAAGAGGCUGAGGAGAGGGUCAGGACGGAGGCAGCAGCGAUGGUGCGCAGAGAGGAAGAGGCGCUGCGUGCUAGAGAGGCGGCAGAGAGAGCGAGGGUCGCAGAGGAGCGCAUGAGAGAGGUGCAGGAACGUCAGAGGGCAGAGGCUGCAGAUAGGGUGAGGGCGGAAGCAGCUGCAAUGAUUCGUAGAGAGGAAGAGGAGCGGCGUGCAAAAGAGGAGGCAGAGAACGCGAAGGCCGUAGAAGAGCGAAGGAGAGCGGACCAAGAACGGCAGAGGGAAGAGGCUGAGGAGAGGGUCAGGACGGAGGCAGCAGCGAUGGUUCGCAGAGAGGAAGAGGCGCUGCGUGCUAGAGAGGCGGCAGAGAGGGCGAGGGUCGCAGAGGAGCGCAUGAGAGCGGAGCAUGAACGGCAGAGGGCAGAGGCUGCGGAUAGGGUGAGGGCGGAAGCAGCUGCAAUGAUUCGUAGAGAGGAAGAGGAGCGGCGUGCAAAAGAGGAGGAACGUCAGAGGGCAGAGGCUGCAGAUAGGGUGAGGGCGGAAGCAGCUGCAAUGAUUCGUAGAGAGGAAGAGGAGCGGCGUGCAAAAGAGGAGGCAGAGAACGCGAAGGCCGUAGAGGAGCAAAGGAGAGCGGAACAAGAACGGCAGAGGGAAGAGGCUGAGGAGAGGGUCAGGACGGAGGCAGCAGCGAUGGUGCGCAGAGAGGAAGAGGCGCUGCGUGCUAGAGAGGCGGCAGAGAGAGCGAGGGUCGCAGAGGAGCGCAUGAGAGAAGUGCAGGAACGUCAGAGGGCAGAGGCUGCAGAUAGGAGGGAAGAGGCUGAGGAGAGGGUCAGGACGGAGGCAGCAGCGAUGGUUCGCAGAGAGGAAGAGGCGCUGCGUGCUAGAGAGGCGGCAGAGAGGGCGAGGGUCGCAGAGGAGCGCAUGAGAGAGGCGCUGGAACGUCAGAGGGCAGAGGCUGCAGAUAGGGUGAGGGCAGAAGCAGCUGCAAUGAUUCGUAGAGAGGAAGAGGAGCGGCGUGCAAAACAGGAGGCAGAUAAGGCGAAGGCCGUAGAGGAGCGAAGGAGAGCGGAACAAGAACGGCAGAGGGAAGAGGCUGAGGAGAGGGUCAGGACAGAGGCAGAAGCGAUGGUUCACAGAGAGGAAGAGGCGCUGCGUGCUAGAGAGGCGGCAGAGAGGGCGAGGGUCGCAGAGGAGCGCAUGAGAGCGGAGCAUGAACGGCAGAGGGCAGAGGCUGCAGAUAGGGUGAGGGCGGAAGCAGCUGCAAUGAUUCGUAGAGAGGAAGAGGAGCGGCGUGCAAAAGAGGAGGCAGAGAACGCGAAGGCCGUAGAGGAGCAAAGGAGAGCGGAACAAGAACGGCAGAGGGAAGAGGCUGAGGAGAGGGUCAGGACGGAGGCAGCAGCGAUGGUUCGCAGAGAGGAAGAGGCGCUGCGUGCUAGAGAGGCGGCAGAGAGGGCGAGGGUCGCAGAGGAGCGCAUGAGAGAGGCGCUGGAACGUCAGAGGGCAGAGGCUGCAGAUAGGGUGAGGGCAGAAGCAGCUGCAAUGAUUCGUAGAGAGGAAGAGGAGCGGCGUGCAAAACAGGAGGCAGAUAAGGCGAAGGCCGUAGAGGAGCGAAGGAGAGCGGAACAAGAACGGCAGAGGGAAGAGGCUGAGGAGAGGGUCAGGACAGAGGCAGAAGCGAUGGUUCACAGAGAGGAAGAGGCGCUGCGUGCUAGAGAGGCGGCAGAGAGGGCGAGGGUCGCAGAGGAGCGCAUGAGAGCGGAGCAUGAACGGCAGAGGGCAGAGGCUGCAGAUAGGGUGAGGGCGGAAGCAGCUGCAAUGAUUCGUAGAGAGGAAGAGGAGCGGCGUGCAAAAGAGGAGGCAGAGAACGCGAAGGCCGUAGAGGAGCAAAGGAGAGCGGAACAAGAACGGCAGAGGGAAGAGGCUGAGGAGAGGGUCAGGACGGAGGCAGCAGCGAUGGUGCGCAGAGAGGAAGAGGCGCUGCGUGCUAGAGAGGCGGCAGAGAGAGCGAGGGUCGCAGAGGAGCGCAUGAGAGAGGUGCAGGAACGUCAGAGGGCAGAGGCUGCAGAUAGGGUGAGGGCGGAAGCAGCUGCAAUGAUUCGUAGAGAGGAAGAGGAGCGGCGUGCAAAAGAGGAGGCAGAGAACGCGAAGGCCGUAGAGGAGCGAAGGAGAGCGGACCAAGAACGGCAGAGGGAAGAGGCUGAGGAGAGGGUCAGGACGGAGGCAGCAGCGAUGGUUCGCAGAGAGGAAGAGGCGCUGCGUGCUAGAGAGGCGGCAGAGAGGGCGAGGGUCGCAGAGGAGCGCAUGAGAGCGGAGCAUGAACGGCAGAGGGCAGAGGCUGCGGAUAGGGUGAGGGCGGAAGCAGCUGCAAUGAUUCGUAGAGAGGAAGAGGAGCGGCGUGCAAAAGAGGAGGCAGAGAACGCGAAGGCCGUAGAGGAGCAAAGGAGAGCGGAACAAGAACGGCAGAGGGAAGAGGCUGAGGAGAGGGUCAGGACGGAGGCAGCAGCGAUGGUGCGCAGAGAGGAAGAGGCGCUGCGUGCUAGAGAGGCGGCAGAGAGAGCGAGGGUCGCAGAGGAGCGCAUGAGAGAGGUGCAGGAACGUCAGAGGGCAGAGGCUGCAGAUAGGGUGAGGGCGGAAGCAGCUGCAAUGAUUCGUAGAGAGGAAGAGGAGCGGCGUGCAAAAGAGGAGGCAGAGAACGCGAAGGCCAUAGAGGAGCGAAGGAGAGUGGAACAAGAACGGUAG